UAUUAUAGCAUCCUUCUUAUUGACGGCCUUCGUAAUUCUGAAGUAUUGGUAUUCUCGCUCAAUUCCCUCCAGCCAUUCUUCCCAUGCUUUGCCGACGCUGUUCGCUUCGUCAGGAAUGAUAAAUGGCUGUGUUCGAAGGUUUCUAGUCUCUGUGACGACUUGAAUCGCUUGUGCUGCUCCACUUGUUGCUGGUGUUUGUUCCGUCAUAAUUCUGUCUUGUUUUUCUCCUCAUUGCCAAUGUAACACUCCAAAUUCACUCUAGCUCGAUGUGUACACUCUAAAAGCACAUGGUUUAAUUCUAACACACUUCAUGCGAGUUACACUAAAUAUAUCAUCUAACAACUACUUCGUGUAAGUCGCACAGGAUAUAACAUAUUAGUCUUAGGGCAUGAGAUUUCAUUUUAUUUCAAUUGCUUUCAAAUUUUGUAUUAUAGACACUAACACUCUAUGCAAGGUGCUCCCAUGUUUAAUGAUGAGGUUGUAAUCAGUUUGCUUUAGUAGCUGUUGGUGUAGAAUAGAAAGACACCUCUGAAGCUUUUUCAUAUAAUAUGCAAAAUAUUCGUAAACAAACAUAUUCGAUAUGAACAAUUCACACUGGGAUGACUCAAAAGGACCCCUCUUGACUGCAAAAAUCUGUGUUUAUAUCUGACCGAAUUCAAAAAAACAUGCUUGCAUUGACUCAAAGACAAUCCCACCAGCCAGAAGUCCUCUGAGCACCCCCUGGCCAGGAGACUGGCCCGUCACGAAUGCACGUGGCAUGGACCACUCAAGCAGGGUGCCAUGUCAACACAGAAACCUCAAACAAGGUUCAACAACGGAGUAAAAUACCCAGAAACACAGUCAAUAACCAGGUUAUCUAACACUAAAAACUCAAAGUCAAGCUAGCUAAGGGUGUCAGUACAAGACACCCUCCCCUCCCCCUGCUUUUGACAGCUGACCCCCAGAAACCUGCCAGCAGAUAGGCCAAGGCCUGGGCCAUGUACCCAGCCUGGCCUUGACAGAGUCCCUCCUGGGUUUCAAGUCGCUGGCUUAGCCUGGAUUAGGACACAGCCCGAAUCCAGGCUAAAACCUACCAGGUAUGUUUUUGGGAAAUGGCUCAGUUAUGUUUUGCAUGAAAUAAACUUUACAAAGAAAAAAAUAUUUACAUUUACAAUAUUUAGAAUAGUGUGAUGUAUAAUGAAAAAUCAACAGAAUUACAGCUAAGCUUUGUUAUUAUGCAAACAAUUAUUUCAUGAAGAUCAACAAUGAAAUACUAUAAAUGUUUUGGCCUUAAUUGCUGAACUGUCUAGAAAUAAAAUCUAUUCAACCUCGUUCCCAGGGCUCCAAUUUCAAAGGGAAAAGCCCUGGGAACGAGGUUGAAAUCUAUUUGCUACAUGAACAAUUUACACCGGGACGUCUCAAAAGGACCAAGCGAUGACUCAAAAGGACCCCUUACGACUGCAAAAAUGCAUGUUUAUAUGUUUUGCACAAAAUAUUCUUUACAAAGAAAAACUAUAUACAUUUAUAUUAUUUAGUAUAGUGUGAUGUAUAAUGAAAAAAUCAAGGAAAUUACAGCUAAGCUUUGUUAUUAUUUCAUGAAAAUUGAAAAUGAAAUGCUAUAAUUAGAAAUGUUAUAAUUAGAAAUGUUUUGGCUUUAAUUGCUGAAUUGUCUAGAAAUAAAAUAUAUUUGAAAGGGGUUUACCUGUAAAGUUUUUCUUUGCUUUGGGGCUUUUUGUUUCCUGCUUUAUAUUGUUUUAAGCUAUUUGUUUCCCUUGGUUUUACAUCGUUGGUGAGUAUUAAGGUUCAAAGGGACCCCUCUUGCUGUAAAAAUACAUCUUUAUACGCUUUGCAUAAAAGAGAAACUUUACAAAGAAUAAAACUAUACAUUUAAGCUUAGGCAUUUAGUACUUUCACUUUCACUUUCACUUUAUUCCACCACUUUUUGAUACCAUAAAAGUAUUCUUUGUAACAAGCUUUACAAUCAAAGAGUGAUGAGAAGUCUAUAGACAAACAUAAAUGCUUGAAGAAAUAGGCCCCCAUCAACGGCCAUUAUACAACGUUAGGUGGAAUGCUUGUUUUACAAUUUAAUUGAAAGACAAUAACAAAGAUAGACUUAUUUAAGUACAACGAAAAAUCAAUAACAUUAUAUAACUCAGCUUCAUUAUUAGGCAAACAAUUAUUUAAUGAAGCUCGAAAAUGGAAUGCUGUAAAAUUUUCUAGCAAAAAAAUAUAUUCGAUAUGGUCUUUUCACACCGCGAUGACUCAAAAGGACCAAGGGAUGACUCAAAGGGACCCUUCUUGACUGCAAAAAUGCGUGUUUAGACGUUUUUCACCAAAUAAACUUUACUAAGAACAAAAUGAUACAUUUAUAGAAUCCUUAAGACCUACCUUAAAUGAUACUAAUUUCACAGAUAACUCAGAAGUACAAUAUUAGAAAGAAUUGGGAAUUCUCACGACCGCCUCGACACUUGGCCGCCAUAUUGGAAACUGCCGAACAUUGGGGACGCAUCGUCUGACGUCAGUGUUCAACCGCGACACGAAUAUGGCCUACUGCUACAUGGACGUUCGUGCACACACCCCGGCCGAAGUCGUCCAAAUUUGUCAUACACAAAGUACUCACUUCUUAUUGCCAGGCACCACUGGCCAGUAAUUCGCUUUCGCGUGGCAAAAACCGUGGCAAAGAGGAGGACAGUUCGACGGACAGGGUACUUCUUCGUUUAUUGCAACUGUUAAUUAAUUGAAAAUUGAAAUGACUAGUUCAAGGGUAUUACAGCAAAGUGGCAGACAAAUCUAUCGGGUUCUGGUAGCUCAGAGGCACCGAUACCAUGAUCUCUCGAGGGCAAGUGUCAUCGGAACUGCUGUUGAAAAAUCCCCAGAAUUUGAGGAGAACAAAGCAAAGAUGGCUGCUGCUGUUCAAGACUUGAAAAACACAAUGAACAGAAUUAAGCAAGGUGGAGAUGAAAAGGCAAGGAAAAGACAUACCUCAAAAGGAAAAAUGUUACCUAGAGACAGAAUAUCCUGCUUGCUUGAUCCUGGAUCUCCAUUUAUGGAAUUAUCUCAGUUAGCUGGUUACAAGUUGUACGACAGUGAAGAAGUACCUGCUGGCGGCAUUAUAACUGGCAUUGGUAGAGUAUCAGGAGUGGAGUGUAUGAUUGUUGCAAAUGACGCGACGGUCAAAGGUGGAACAUAUUACCCUAUUACAGUUAAAAAGCAUGUUAGAGCUCAAGAGAUUGCCCAGGAAAACAAAUUACCAUGUAUUUACCUUGUUGAUUCAGGUGGAGCUAAUCUUACAAGGCAGGCUGAAGUCUUUCCAGAUAAACUCCAUUUUGGAAGAAUAUUUUACAAUCAAGCAACCAUGUCUUCCAAGGGAAUCACUCAGAUAGCGGUAGUCCUUGGUUCUUGUACAGCUGGAGGUGCUUAUGUGCCAGCCAUGGCUGAUGAAAGCAUCAUUGUCAAACAACAAGGAACAAUCUUUCUUGGGGGACCACCAUUAGUAAAAGCUGCUACUGGUGAAAACGUAUCUGCUGAGGAAUUGGGUGGUGCUGAUUUACAUUGCAAAACAUCAGGUGUGACAGAUUACUAUGCUGUUGAUGAUUUUCAUGCCCUUCAUCAAGCCAGGCAAUGUGUCAACAACCUGAACUUCAAGAAGACCUUACCAGUCACAGUAGAAACUACUGAACACCCUUUGUAUCCAUCUGAUGAUCUUUAUGGCAUUGUAGGGGACAACUUAAAGAAGUCUUUUGAUGUCAAAGAAGUGAUUGCAAGGAUUGUUGAUGGAAGUAAAUUUGAUGAGUUCAAAGCAAUGUAUGGAGAUAGUUUAGUAACAGGUUUUGCUCGAAUUCAUGGCUAUCCAGUUGGAAUCAUUGGCAACAAUGGAGUGCUCUUUUCUGAAUCUGCGCUUAAGGGAACACACUUUAUACAGCUCUGCUGUCAACGUAAAAUUCCACUACUAUUUCUGCAAAAUAUCACAGGUUUUAUGGUAGGCAAGGACUAUGAAGCUGGUGGUAUUGCCAAAAAUGGUUCCAAAAUGGUUACAGCUGUGUCCUGUGCUCAAGUUCCUAAGAUUACUGUUAUUAUUGGUGGAAGUUUUGGAGCUGGAAAUUAUGGCAUGUGUGGUCGUGCAUAUGGCCCUCGUUUUCUGUACAUGUGGCCAAAUGCUCGCAUUUCAGUGAUGGGAGGAGAACAGGCUGGUACAGUACUAGCGACUAUUACUAGAGACCAGAGGAGCAGAGAAGGCAAAGAGUUGACUGCAGAAGAAGAGAAUCAAAUUAAAGCUCCCAUUAUCAGGAGAUUUGAAGAGGAAGGUCAUCCUUAUUUUUCAUCAGCAAGAUUAUGGGACGACGGUGUUAUCGACCCAGUGGACACCCGAACAAUCCUUGGACUCAGUUUAAGUUCAGCCUUGAAUGCGCCAAUAGGGGAUCCUAAAUUCGGAGUGUUCAGAAUGUAAACACAGGCAGCCCGGGCUCACGAUAUGAGCACUGGGGGAAACACGUAAGAGCACCAAAUGGGCUGUUUGCCUGCAGUUAGUUUCACUCAUGUUUCUUGCGGUGAGCUUUUAUUAGCUUUUAUUUGUUUGAAAGGGCGAAAUACUAUAUAAUGCUGUCCUUUCCAACAAAAGUGAUGAAACUGACCGCAAGCAAACAGUGCAUUCGGCGUUCUACAAAAUAACUAUCCCAAUGGUGGCAUGAUGUAAGGUACAAGAAACUUAAUAGCUAGACCAGGCAUCAAUCAAAAUCGAUGAUAAACAGUCAUUUGGUUGUUGACAGGCUGUUUGCAAGGGACUCGUUUUUGAAGAGCAAGAUGUUUUGGCUAUCAGUUAAGCCUUCAUCCAACUGAUGGUCACAUUCGUGGACAUGGCUGGCAAAUUUGAAAUUUUUUCUCACUUCCUGCCUGCGGUCAUUUAUAUGUAUGUUGAUCGAUGACUGGCCUAGAGCCCCUAAGUGUUAAGCUGCGUUUAGCUCCGUGUCUGUUUUAUAAUUUUAACUUCACGUAAAAUUCCUGACGAAACAAACUCUUGAUACACUUCAGUGUUCAUCGAAGGCCAAACUUUCCCUUUGAUUUUUUCUACCCUUGAAAGCUGUGGAACAGUCAGCAAAUAACAUACGAGUGACAUAUGUUGUGAAAUGUACAAUCGUAAUGGCUGUUAUUAUCAUUUUGGUUCAAUGCGGUUAUUUUAGCUGGAACGUUUCAUGCCAAGCCUUGUAGCAUUUUGCCAUCAAGUGAUCAUUAAGCCUGGGUGUGAUAUUACAAGAUAUUAAAAGUACUAUGCUUGAUACUCAUAGUGGUCCAAGUUAUGAUAUCUUCAAAACGUUCAGUCACAGAGAAACUUAAAUUGGCAUGUUAGUGGAAGCUGUAACGAACUACAAUUUAUAAUAAACCUGUUGUUGUGACGUGAUGGGUUGGGUGACCAGAAGGUACAGAAUAUUUCAAAUGGGUUUCAACUAUAUUUAACUGUACGAAUCAGUAAUUUAUGGAAGCCAAAUUUAAGAUAUAUAAAAGGAACAGGACUGUUUUUCUCUAAAGAAAGUAAAUAAACAGCUAUCCAAGUCAAACCUUGGCCAACAAAAAUCUAUUCUUCAAUUCGAACUGGCAUAGUUAUAAAAUGUAUAGAAAUAAUUAACUGCUCUCAUUCGUUUGAGUAAACAAGAUUAUUACCAACACUUCUUUAAUUCUAAUAUAGCGAACAUACGCCAGACUUGGAAAGGAAUUAACGAAUAAUUGGGGGGCUUGAAAAAGAAAGGCAAAUAACAACAACAACAAGCUUUAUUUCCCCUUGGACUAAGAAAAAUAUAUUUUUUGCAAAGUUGCAUAUGACUAGAGAGUUAAAAAGGGCUGGCAGCCAGGGCUACAGAUGUAUUAAUACAAAUUUAGGUCGGUACACACACAUAAAACACAGAAUACUUGGUGAGCACUUAAUAAAUGCUAUGCAAAACAAGUGCUA